AUGAUAGAGUUGUACGUUGAGUUUGAACAGCAGUCAGGGUUGGGCGCAGUCGGCGAGGAGGUCAAUGUUAAUGAGCUCGGGGAUAUAGAAUGGGAAGAAGAUAAUAAUGACAGUGAAGAGGAUUUCGAAGCUAACUAUGAAGUCGAUGACGAAAAUGAUGAUGGAGACUUGGUAGGUAAUCCGGAGGUGCAAAAUGAAGUGAAUGCGAUUGUAAGCCAGCACCCGUUUGAUGUUCCGUCUUUUAUGCGGACUCUAGAUCUCGAAGCCAUGCAUGCCCUGGAAUUUCCUGAGUAUGCGAAUAUGGGCAACGUUGCGGCGGAAGAUGGUGAGUUUAGUGUUGGAAUGAAAUUUGGUUCGAGAGAGUCGUUGAUAUCUGCAAUCAAAAGCUACACUAUCUCUGGAGGAGUUGAUUACACUGUGUAUAAAUUUGAGCCACAGACAUUCUAUGCAAAAUGCAAGGGGUAUGGUGCAGGGUGCGAUUGGCUUAUUCGAGCUAGCUUGAUUCGAAAGAAAGCUUGUUGGGAGAUCAGGAGAUACAAUGGCAAGCACACGUGCACCGUGGGAACGAUAUCACAAGAUCAUGGCAAGUUAGACUUGGACACAAUUGCAGAUGCCAUUAGGCCAUUGGUCGAAUUAGACCCCUCGAUAAAGGUGAAGUCUGUUAUUGCAGAAGUUCAAUACAGGUUCAACUACACUGUGAGUUACCGUAAAGCUUGGUUGGCAAAGCAGAAAGCUGUUGCCAAGGUUUUCAGUGAUUGGGAAGUUUCCUACCAGACUCUGCCAAUAUGGUUGAAAGCAAUGACGGUGAAGAUGUCAAGGUCUCGUGUUCAAAUUAAAACGCUCCCCGUUUACUGUGACAGUGAGGAGGUUCAAGGUGUAAGAGUUUUGCACCGUAUUUUUUGGAGCUUCUAUCCGUGUAUUGUAGCAUUUAGACACUACAAGCCACUGGUGCAAGUUGAUGGCAUGCACCUGUACAGAAAAUGUAAAGGUGCACUUCUGGUAGCGGUUGCACAAGAUGGGAAUCAAAAUAUUGUGCCUAUUGCAUUUGCGAUAGUCGAGGGCGAGACGGCAGACGCAUGA